GUUGUCGGCCGAACAGGUUCCCGCUCCGCUCGUGGUCUAACAUUUCUACGCUAGAUAAAUGUAAAUGAUUUUGAUUUGAGUGUGCGAACGAGACAGCACUGCGCAAUAAUUUCUGUUUCUGUUUUCUAUGAUAAACUCUGAUCAUUAGAGAUCCAUCCAUUUAUUUACCUUUACGAAACAGAAAGGUAUUUGCUCAUAUGCUCAUGUACAUGUAUAUGUGUGUGGCAACUCCAAUCGCUGAUAGAGAUCGAAUUAAUGAACAUAUCUAUAUCAUACGCAGUUCGUUGGCCAUGUGGUAUAAAAAUGAAAAAUGAACAUAGAUAUUGAAAUAAACUCUGCGGCAUCAUUCACAAAUGAAGCAUCAGCGUCAGCAUCAUUAUCAUCGGCGUCGAACAGGUUGAGCUGCGUGGGACUCCCCAUUCCCGCCCCGAAGUUAAGUGCCGCGUCACGGUCACGUCGAAAUCUCUUCAAUUCACACUUGCCGCCCUUUGUCGAUUGCCAAUGGACUAGUCGUCAUCGUCGUCGGUCGCCAUAUCCAAAUCUAGUUAUAGAACAAUGCCAGCUAACAUUCUCAACGAAUUUAUUAUUAAAAUUAACCCAGUUAUGGCUUGUUAUCGUUUUGCUAGUGCCAUUCCUCUUUUGCCUCACCUCAAUAUCGCUGAUUCGACCAGUCAGCGGUCACGAUUUUUUAGGCCCAAUGUCAAAUUCAAGCAAUAGUAUUAACGGUGUCCGGCUCCAGCUUCAGCUCCGGCAGCCAGUGGAGCAGCAGUACCAGCAGAGAGUACAAGAUAUGAGUACACAAAUUGGUGUCACAGUCAACAAAACUGAAACCAAAUGUAGUCAACUAAAGAUAAAUAAUAUAUUAUUAAAUCAGAGCUACGAGACAAGCAACAACACUGUAAAAUGUGAGGAGUUUGAAUCCCUGUCUUAUAAUCGCCGUUCAAAUAACAAUAGUCUGAUUAAUCUAAGCCACUCAGAGGCACAGUCCGGAUCUGUUGGACUUGACGGAACAACUGCUCACGAUGCCCGCAAUCGUAGGCAAGUCAGAAAGAGACGUACAGAAACCCUAGCCAGGCAGAAGCAUGGACGUGCUAAACGCUUUGACAAGGAGAAGCUCACGCGGCUCGUAAUGCAUGGACUUGGUCUUAAGCGAUUACCGGACAUGAAGAAGGCAAACAUCAGUCAAUUAGAAUACUCCAGUAAAUAUAUUGAAUACCUAAAUCGGCUAAGGCAACAUCAUAACCGAUGGGAGGAUCGUAGCGAUGACUAUGACAUGAACAAGGAGCUCAAUAGCGAGUUGACCAAUCUUCAUCUCCUAAGUAUUGUGACCAACAGUUUUAGCGAUAUAUCCCGCAAGCGUUGGCGUCCGAGGCGCUCAACGAAACGCACUUCUGCCCGUUCCCAAGGUUAUGAGGAGCGGCAAGUUGAAGCAUCAAAGGAUAGAACAAGUAUUCUGCUACACUUUCCACUAAACUUGAACGAUGCUCACAUUCAAUAUGAUAAAAUUGAUGAAGCUAAUGUGCGGUUAAUGCUGCUCUAUAGCUCGUCCUUAGCCAAUACUGAUCCGCGUCCGGUGCCCAGCAGGAAAAAAUCCAAACACAAACUGAAUGGUGGGGGGAGCCAUUGCCAUCAGGAUGAAUCUAUGCCGGAACAGGCUGAGUCGAAAUCUAACUCCGGUAUCGCCAAACAUAAAGGCGAUCUACACAGGAAUCGCUUGCACAGGCAUCCGCGUAUUCUGAAUCUCAAGGUGUAUCAGUUACUAUCUCCAAAUAAACGGCAGAUACUAGAUAAACGUAGAAUAGAAUUUGAGAAUAUUGACUAUGAGGACACACACAGUCAAUGGCUGGAGUUCGAUGUGACUAAAGCCGUCCGCGGGUGGUUGAAUAGAAGCCAAGAGAACUUGGGCAUCGAAAUUCAGUGUGACAAAUGCAAGCGCAUCGGUGCUCGGAUCCUCAGUGAUGUGUCAACAUCGACGACGACAACCACAACUACGGAUGAUGCAAAAGAAGGGGACUACGAACGCGAACGGUUUCAUCUUAUGCCAGUUCUAAACAUUAUUGGCCAUCUGGGUCAUACACAGGCUCAUCGCGAGGGCCCACCAGCCGGUGUGGGGGUUGCUGCCGGCGCAGGUGUUGGUAACCAGUAUUACCCUCAUCGGGUCGAGCAGGAUUUUAAUCGACGUAUUUGGCCAAAUAGUUGCUAUAAAGUGCAUCAACGAUGUUGCCGACAUCAGUUGGAUGUGGUGUUCAAGGACAUCAAAGGAUUCGAGUUCAUCUUGCAGCCAAAAUCCUUCGAUGCUGGCUAUUGCCAAGGCCGCUGCCCUCCACGCCACAAUCCCGCCAAUCAUCAUGCUCUUUUACAGAGUCUGAUUUGGCAGCAGGAUCACAACCGUGUGCCUCGCCCCUGCUGCGCCGCCUCCAAGCUAACAGAGCUUGAAAUUUUGCAUGUCGACGAGGAACACAGUGACAAAUUGAAGAUUUCUACAUGGAGUGACAUGCAGGUGGUGGAAUGUGCCUGCUCAUAGGACAUCUUUGCAGUCUAUUUGUUUGUGUUAUAUACCUUCAUUUAACACGGAUGUGGAUGUACCUAAUUAUUAAGUAACUUAAAAGUAUUUACACCGUUAGAAAUAUUUUUUUUAGGAAAAUAAAGCGCAGUCUGCUAAGUAGUCAAUAAUUGAAAACAACA